AAUCUGGGAAUCCAUGAAUCCAUGAACUACGAAGCAAUUUCUGAAUUUCUGAAAACAACAGUUUCUAAAAAUCUGUCUCUCAGUUGUCAAAACUUAGUACCAGGUACGGUACCAGGUACCAUACUGUACCGUACAAGUAGGAGUACAAGGAGAUCGUCGACGACAGAAUCAAACUUCAGAUCAGCAAAACAUAUUACAUAUUUGAGUUCUUGAUUGCCAUGUCGCAACAUCAUUCGCCCCUCUUCCGUUACGACCGGCAUCCUGACGAGGAGCGGGGUCGGUGCUUGAUCGCGUCCACCGAUUUGCGAAAAGAUCGCUUGAUAUUUGUUGAAAGGCCUGUCAUCGCAAUGCAAUCAACGGGGAAUAUGCACGAGGGUGCCUUGGUAUGCAGCUAUUGCAUGGCGUUUUGUGGCAGCCCAGGGCAAAAUCUCAAAGUGAUCUCAGAUCCAUCGUUUUUGGAAGAAAUGGCGACAAGUAAUAAUAAUCAAAGAUGCGUAAACGAAAAAGACGAUGACGAUGUCAAUAAUUAUGCUUUAAACGGUCCGCACGCACUAUAUUGCUGUAGACACAAUUGUGGACACAUAUACUGUAGUUUAGAGUGCCAGCAGGAUGACUGGAAAUGGGGCGGACACAGAGAAUUGUGCACUGGGAUGAUUCCUGACCCAGACGAAUGUACUUCGAGACAAUAUCAGCAAAAAGAGCUAGGCGCCAACACACUCACUGCCGUCGCGGACGAGAAAGAGCAGGACGACCUCUCCAAUACAUCACCUUCAAGCAAUGUAGACAGCUUCAUCGAUCCUCUUCUAGAAUUUAAAGUCUAUGCCAGAAAUACGAACGAAAUAUUCUUGUUGGUUGCUACUUGGCUUGUCCGAAUCAUAAAACACAACUUACCAUACCACGAAGACGACGACCUGAACACCCAUCCAUACACCGACUUCCAAAUGAACACUUGGUGGGACGUGAAAGCCAACGAAGAGGCAAUACUAAAAAAAGAGAAAGAAGAUCCCGAGGAAAAGAAAGCAAACAAGAGUAACGUCGAAGGAGGAUCCUUAGAAGACAUUUUGAAACAACUUUGUGAAGAUUCCCACUCGUAUCUAUCCAGGACAUUGAAGAAUCGACUAGAACAGAGUCAAGAUUCACCCUGGCUCACACCGAUUGGAAUGGCAAGAUUGAUUGGCUCGUUGGAGCAAAACUGUUUAGGAAUACGGAGGAAGCACGCGCUGCAACGCAACCUAAUGCAGGAUACCAAUUUGAGACAGGAGUUUCACACAGAGUUGAUUCAAUGUUUAGAGGGAGCAGGCAUGAUCGAGGACAACAAUGACAAAUGCGACGACAAUACAUGCCCUUGCGACGUCGACGGCUGUGGUAAUGAUCGUGAACUCGAGAAAGGGCCGAGAGAAGGUUUGGGAUCGAAAUAUUCACCUGAUGACAUCGCAACCUUUUUGGCGAGUUUGACCCAAGAUUUCACAAAUGGCUGUGUUUUUGACGAAUGGGAUGAGAUUAUUCGGCCACUAGAUGGAAUUUCACAUUAUUCAAUCGCUACAAAGAUGAAUCACUCUUGUAAUCCGAAUGUCAUUCUAGUUUACAAAACAAGAGGCUGGGGAAGAGAUCAUCCUCUAGUUGCCUACAUCGUAGCACUCAAGGACAUCAAAGAAGGAGAAGAAUUAACAAUUAGUUAUAUCGAUUCUGAAGAUCCAUACGAAGAACGGCAAACAGCCCUUGCAAACUAUGGAUUCAUAUGCACGUGUUCUAAAUGCAUAAGUGAGAAGGAUGAAAUAGGUCAGAGAAAAAAUGAAGAAGACGAUGACGCGAACUCUCUUAACGAUGAUCUUUUUGGAGAUGACAGCGAAGACAUAGACGACGAUGAUUUAUUUGGAAACAAUGACGAUGGUGACGAACAAGCUAAUGGUGUCGCAGAGAACACUGAUAGCGCAGAAAAUGAAGACGGUAAUGAUUACAAUGAAGAGCCACGUGGAGCGCAAAGUCUACUCGAUGUUCUUAAACAACUUGAUACAAUAUCUAACAAGUCAAAUCACGCCGCAAUCCCAGUCGAAUACUUGGCACCAGCCUCGAACUACGUAGUAAAACAGGCCUCUUCUCUUAUCAGUGAUUUUCAAAAUGCAGAGGGAUUUAAGGGCGACGGACAAAAAAUUGAAAAUCUUUUAAAGAAGAUCAAGGCUGCAAUAAGAGAAAGAGAUUUUUCAGCCUGUCGCUUAGUCGGAUCAGGGUUGGAACUUUACCUUUACAGUCUACUUGAGUCCAAUGGCUCGUGGACGACGCCAAUGUAUAGAGCCUCAUAUUGGUGUUCGGCAAUCACAGCUUCGAUUGGCUACGCUCACGAAGGAAGCUUUUUACUUUCAAUUAAAUAUUUGGAUAAAGCAAUCAUAUUGGGCCAAGACCGAAGUCUUAUAGAAGACUAUUUCGGGUAUGUCGAACUUCAUGCAUCUCAAAUGGCGGCUGCUCCGUGCCCCAUAGCAGUCGAUUGUAAAGUACCAGACUACCGGUGUCCUAAAUUAAAAGAGUUAGUCGCUAGUAGGACGCUUCCGAAGCCAAUUCAGAUCCCAGUGAAGGAGUUGAUCAGUGACGAAAAAUCAAACAAGGCUAGCAUUAUGGCAUCUUAUAAUCAGUCACAGACUUGCGUCAUCAGACAUCUAGCAUCUGAAUGGGCAGCUGUGGAGAAGUGGAGAUACCUCGAUCGACUUGCAUGGGAAUUUGGUCAUCGUUUAGUUCCUAUCGAAAUCGGAUCAAUGACGACUCGAAUGAAAGAAGCUGUUGUUACGUUUCGAAGUUUUGUUGCAAAUUAUAUGUCUUCGAGUGCCUCGAGAGAUUUCUGGAGCUUCGAAGAUGCGACGGAUGGCAAAAGUCAAAUUGCCUAUCUUGCGCAGCAUCCUUUUCUAGAUCAGGUAUCAGAUCUUUGUAAAGACAUCGAUAUGAAUCCCUAUGGAGUUCAACCAACAAAUAUCAAUAUUUGGAUGGGAACUGGUGGGACACGCACUCCGUUGCAUUUUGAUAGUUACGACAAUCUUCUUAUUCAGCUCGUAGGUGCGAAGUAUGUCCGAUUGUACGAAAAAGAAAAUUCCGAUCGACUCUAUGUUAGACAGGAUAAGAGCUAUGGAAGUCAAGGGAAUAUGAGUGAAUUGGAUUGUGAACAAGAAGAUUUCGAAAAGCACCCCCUAGCCAAAGAUUGUAACUACAAAGAAGUGUUGCUCUUUCCAGGCGACUGCUUGUUUAUCCCAUCUCGUCAGUGGCAUUACGUUCGAUCGCUGAGCACAAGUGUAAGCGUUAAUUACUGGUUCUAACCUCUUCUCUAUAACAACAGCCUGGGCCACGACAGAAGAGGAAGAACUUUGAGAUUUGAAAGUCAAUCCCCAAGUUUGCUCAGUUGUCCUAUUCAAACAC